UCCCGAAUCCCCUCUUCUUCUUCGGCGAGACAGGGGACCCGUGAGCCCCCGCCCCCCCUUCUUCUUCCCUCUCGGUCGGGCCCAAGGGCGGCCGUGGUGGCCGGCCUUGGCAGCGGCAGGAGGUGGCGGAGCAAGCCCGGCCACCCCCGGCGACUGGCGGCGGCGAACACGCCGACGGCUAGGGCAGCCGUUUUGGAGCCAAAUCCGGCGAUCGGCCGGCCCCAACCCACCACACAUCGUGGCCAAGCUUCAGAAGAAAAGGAGAAGAAGGUGAGAGAUUCUUACCUCAGCCCCGACGAAGACCGGCGCCUCCCCCUCUCCGACGGAAAAGAAGAAGGAGACCACCCGCCACCCGGGCCUCAACCCUUUAACGAGAGAGAGAGAGAGAGAGAGAGAGAGAGAGACGGUCGUCGGCUGGCUCUUUUUCACUCCCUCGACGAUCAUACAACUACUGCGAGGGCCGGCGAGUGGAGUCGGAGUUGGAAAACCGUAGGCCCUUCCCUCUCCAGGUUGUAAUUUUGCUUGCUAAAACUUGUCCUGAGAGACGAGGAUAUGGGAAAAGCAUCCAAAGACAAGAGGGAUAUUUACUACCGCAAGGCAAAAGAAGAGGGUUGGCGGGCACGGAGCGCGUUCAAGCUCCUCCAGAUCGAUGAGGAAUUCAACAUCUUCCAAGGGGUGAAGCGCGUGGUUGAUCUUUGUGCAGCUCCUGGCAGCUGGAGUCAGGUGUUGAGUCGAAAGUUAUAUGUUCCAGCUAAGUUGUCGCCGGAUCAUAGGGAUGGUGAUCUUCCGCUUAUUGUUGCAAUUGACUUGCAACCCAUGGCUCCAAUAGAUGGUGUUAUUCAAGUACAGGGGGAUAUCACUAAUGCCCGGACUGCUGAAGUGGUUAUCAAACAUUUUGAUGGAUGCAAAGCGGACUUAGUUGUUUGUGAUGGUGCUCCUGAUGUUACUGGACUUCAUGAUAUGGAUGAAUUUGUUCAAUCACAGCUUAUUUUGGCAGCACUAACAAUUGUUACUCAUGUGCUUCGAGUGGGUGGAAAAUUUAUUGCAAAGAUUUUUCGGGGUAAAGACACAAGUCUCCUCUAUUGCCAACUGAAACUAUUCUUCUCUCAUGUUACAUUUGCAAAACCAAAAAGCAGCCGCAACUCCAGUAUUGAGGCAUUUGCAGUUUGUGAGAAUUAUUCACCUCCUGAAGGAUUUAAUGAGAGAGAUUUAUAUCACCUUCUGGAAAAGGUGGGCAGUCCUUCCGGGGCUGACAAUUUAGAUUGCCAUAGUGGGUGGUUGGAGGGGCCAAACAAGGUUUAUAUUCCUUUUUUGGCUUGCGGGGACCUCAGUGGCUAUGAUUCGGACCGUUCAUACCCACUCCCAAGUUCUGCUGAGGGAGGCCGUUACCAGAGCUUGGAUCCGGUACAGCCCCCAAUCGCGCCUCCUUAUAAAACAGCCUUGGAACUGAAGAAAGCCUCUAGUCAUGGGAUUCUAGAAAUGGACAAGCUCUCUCUUAGUUCCUGAUGGACUUUCCUUUCCACGAGAGAGAGAGAGAGAGAGAGAGAGAUGGAUUCUCUUUGUUUCUUCUUUCUUUGGAGGUUGCAUGUAUGUAAAAGGGCCGAUAGGCAUUUGAAGCCUCAAAUGAGGAUUAUUUCAUGUUAAAACUGCAAUGACCUGGAGUGGUAUCUGACCAUGAGAACUAUUGGUAUAAUUCCAACCAACUGUCUGUAACUGCAUGGUGUUCUCUAGAUACAUACAGCCCCAGGCGUAUGUUCCACAGACUAUCUCUUCAUCAAAUUAUCUAUUUUUUGUUUGCAA